CCACCCCGAAGCGUUAAUAAGAAUAAGUUAAGCUGUAACCGAAAGUAUUCCAUCAAAUAUUUGUGGUCUCUUAUUGCAAAUAUGGCGGAAGAAGGAAAAGUUAGUAGAUGUCUAAAGUACACCCUGUUUGUGUUCAACUUACUCUACUGGGGUAUUGGUGGUGUCAUGAUGGGUGUUGGCUUCUGGGCAGUGACACAAAAGAGUGAUUACAAAGAAUUCUCCAGCAUUUCGACAGAUCCAGCCGCUGUCAUGAUAGCUGUUGGUUUUUUCAUCUUCUUCAUUUCCUUCUUUGGCACAGUUGGUGCUCUAAGGGAGAACAUCUGCUUUCUCAGAACUUACAUGAUUGUCAUGAUAAUCAUUGUCGUUUUGGAAGUGAUAGCAGGACUGCUUGCUUUUGCAUUUUGGCCAGAGGUUCAGAAAUCUGUGGACAAUCAAUUUAAGAAAGCAAUUGAGAAGUACAGAGAUGAUCCUGACCUUCAGAAUGCAAUUGAUGCUGUCCAAGAGGGUUUCAAGUGUUGUGGAAGCACAGAUCUUAAUGACUGGAACACCAAUCGCUACUUCAGAUGUGGUGGGCCUUCUCCUGAGGAGUGUGGUGUUCCUCAUACUUGCUGUGUGCGUCCAGAAGACCAGAAACCAAACAUUCAAUGUGGCUGGCAUGUUAGAAAGCAGCAUCGUUUGGCUUUAAAAAAUAAAAUCCACAUAACUGGUUGCCUGGAUGCAGUGUGGGAAUGGUUCAGGAAUCAUCUUGUGAUUGUUGCUGCAGUUGCUGUGGCUUUUGCCGUCCCUGAGGUUGCUGGAAUUGUCAUGACCCACCUAUUCAUCGGACAGAUUAAUGAACAGAUUGAAUCCUGGAAAAACCCUCCAAGGUACAAGUACAGACCCAGUCAGGAUGUGGAUGGAAGAAGUGGACCCUUCUACUAACCUCUCCUUCAGUUGAUAAUAGUUCCGAAACUAAUUCUUUGGUAAAUGUACACUUAGUUACACUUCGAUGAACGAAGCAGAUUUCUUAUCAAUGUUGCCUCUAAAAGUACAUGUGCUUUUUAUUCUUACGUGACACAUCCCUUCCAUGGACAAGGGAAAUUCUUAGUCAGUCACGUUACCUACGACCGCUCAGCUUUUUUUGUGUAAAUCACCAAACUGUUUCGCUUUUGUCACUGGUUGCUUCUUUCAUUCAGCAGUAACAGGUGUACAGAAUGUAAAAUGAGCUUCCAUGGACUUUGCGUAUUGGUCUCCUUUCCAACUUCCAAGCAAAACGAUUUCAGAACUUUAUCGACAAGUAGUACUUCGUGUGAUAUUUCAUGUUGGCGUCCUCUACUUCAUAACUGACUUGUUAAGUUUUGCGCGCGUGUAGCUGUUGAAGUUUUACUCUUGAGUGAUUUUGUCCCAACUCGAAGGGUGCAGCCCAGAGGAAACUUUGCAUUAAGAGCCGUCUACGUGUAAAUUAAUGCUAGGUAAAGGGAUGAUGGGGGAGGGGAGGGAGAAGGUGCAAAAAAACCUUGCGAAACUAUUCCCAUGAAACUCUUUCAUUUUCAUGCAAAGGGUUUUAGUCGGUUUGCAUGUCAAUUCGUGUACACUACGAUAUGUCUCUCGCCAACGGGCUUCAUCCUCUUGUACUCCAGAGUCUGAUUUCUAUUCAAGUUAAGUGUGUCUGCUUACGAUGGUUAAUGUCGGCCUAACAAUUUUCUGGCCCUAAUUAGACACUUUUUGUAAAAGUUGUAGAGCUGUAUAAACUUUCACAAGUAAGCUUUAAACUGAAUGCCUCAUAGGUCAAUUCUAAAACGUAGAUAACGUUUAAAAAAUUAGCGAGUAGGUUCCUGAUUUAAACCAAACUUAGGUUUUUGUAACAUAUACCGAAAGGUGUCGAUACUUUCUUGUAGUAAUUUGAUAAGAAAGCCGAGCUACUACAGCAACAAUUAAAAAUUAGCGAGUGGGUUCCUGAUUUAAACCAAACUUAGGUUUUUGUAACAUAUACCGAAAGGUGUCGAUAUUUUCAUGUAGUAAUUUGAUAAGAAAGCCGAGCCACUACAGCAACAAUUCCCAAACAUAUUCUAAAUGUGGUGUAAAAAAUAUUAAAAUUGAGUGCAAAUCG